GAGUUGGCAGGGAGCUCCUGGAACUCCUAUAUAUCUUGCAGCCAACGCCACCACCAUGUCUGCCCGCUGGGACAUCGCAGACCGCUGUCCUCCAUUAAAAGAUGUUGAUGAGACUCGUGACCGUGGGCGCUGCCUUGACGGCUGUCGUCGCUGCGAUACCAACUCAAAGGCGAAGUGCAUGGCCGUUUGCACCCUUCAAGACCAGCGGAAGGGACAUUGUGGACACCAAUGGCGACAAGGUCCUGUAUGCUGGUACGAACUGGCCAGGACACAACGAUGUCAUGAUCCCGGAAGGUCUGCAGUAUCAAUCAAUCGAAAGCAUCGUAUCCAUGAUCAAGAGUCUGGGAAUGAAUGUCGUUCGCCUCACCUACGCAAUUGAAAUGGUUGACGACAUAUUUUCGAACAAGAACUCCACGCUCAGUGCAGCUCUUGAUAAUGCUCUCGGCUCUGUGAAUGGCUCCAUCGUCCUGCAACAGAUCUUGAGCCACAAUCCUUCAUUCACAGCUUCGACAACGAGAUUAGAAGUCUACGAUGCAGUCACCGCAGAGUGUUACAAGCAACAACUCCUCGUCCACCUAGACAACCAUGUAUCCAAGGGAGAGUGGUGCUGCUCGACAGGUGAUGGCAACGCAUGGUUUGGCUCCGAGUUCUUCAACGUCGAGAACUGGCGUCGAGGCAAUGCCUUUAUGGCUAAUCACGCCAAAUCUUGGCCCGCAUACGUUUCCCAAGGACUCCGCAACGAACUCCGCGAUCCCAACAACACCGCUCUCAACUACGGCUGGGAAUCCUGGUACCAGAACGUGAUCCCCACCGCCGACGCCGUCAACGCCGCCAACCCGGACCCUCUAAUCUUCUACUCCGGCCUCCACUUCGACACCGACCUGGCCAACGUCACCGCCGGCAUCCCCCUGACCCCCGACGGCAGUGUCUUCGACAUCUCCGACUUUUGCUAUGCCGACAAAAUCGUCUUUGAGCUGCACAAUUACAACAACGCCCUCGCAGAUGCCAACUGCGCCAAUUUCAAUCUCACCAAAUCGGGUUAUAAUGCUAUGGAUAUCAGUAGCACUUCGACAGCGAAGAAUUUCGCACCCGUCGUGUUGACGGAAUUCGGGUUUCCGCAGACUCCGACGAAUUAUACGCUGCCGUAUGCGCAAUGUAUUAAAGAGUAUUUAACUACUGCGCUACCUGGUGGGCCGGGAGGUUGGAUUCAUUGGGCUGUGGGGGGCAGUUAUUACAUCCGAGAAGGCGUCCAAGACAACGACGAAACGUGGGGGCUGUUGAAUCACGAUUGGUCCGCGUGGAGAUCUCCGGCCGCGGUGGAAAAUUAUUUUCUGCCGUUUGUGCAAGCUACGCUGGGUGAAGAAAGUUAUGGAUACUCCUCCUAGGUGAGAGACUGUGUGGGUGUGAGGGGGAAGGAGAGGGGGAGGGGGGAGAGACGUUUUCGUAUUUCUUGAUGAGUAGUAAUGUAUGUAAGGUAGCUAGGAAUUAUGAUAUCAAGCUUGCCAGGC